AUGAAUAAUAAUGAAAGAAUAGAUAGUAAUAAUAACAACAAUAACUUUAAUCACAUAGAUAAUAUUAAUAAAAAUGAAAUAUUAUUUUUUUCGGUGUGGAGAAACAAGUAUCUAUUAAACGAAAUACAAAGACAUCACAGGUUAUAUAAUGAAAAUAUAGUAAUACGUAUUGACAAAUCAAUGGAUCAACUUAGAUAUCAUCCACAUAGAAGAUAUGCAACAGAAAUUAUAAUUGAUGUUGAUGGACCAUUAGAACCACAUGAUCAUGUAAUACCCUAUGGAACAGCUAAAUUAAAACUCGAUAGCUAUCAAGCAAUCACACGAAAUACAUUACCACCAUCACUUACCAGUUUAUCAAUGCAACUUGAUCAAGAUAUACAUAUUGGAACUUUCCCAAAAUCAUUAACAAUAUUUAAUCAUUUUGAAUUCAAUAGAGCAAUUAUACCUGGUUCAUUUGGUUCAAUUGUACAUUUAGACCUAUCCUCCUUUAAUCAACCCUUAAAAGCUGGUGACUUACCUAUAACAUGUAAAUAUCUAAAUCUUUACUCUUACAAUAAACCUCUCCAACCAAAUAUUCUUCCCCCUGAAUUAAAAGUUUUAGAUUUAAAUCAUUUUAACCACCCACUAUCAGACGGAGUACUUCCAGAAUCAAUCACUGAACUGCGUAUGAACCACUUUAAUCACCCAUUAUACAACUAUCUAUCAACACUACAUUCAUUAAAAAUACUCAAUUUACAAAAUUAUAAUCAAAAGAUAUCAAUCGAAACAUUUCCACCCUCAAUCAAAACAUUAUUUUUCUUUAAUUUUAAUAAAGCUAUAAAACCAAAUGUUCUUCCACCAUCAAUAACUUCUCUCAUUAUAGGACCAUAUAACCACCCACUAUCAGACGGUGCACUUCCAAAAUCAAUCACUAAACUACAUAUGAACCACUUUAAUCACCCAUUAUACAACUCUCUAUCAACACUACAUUCUUUAAAAAAACUCUAUUUACGUAAAUUUAAUCUAGAGAUAUCGAUCAAAACAUUUCCAUCCUCAAUAAAGUCAUUAUUUUUGGAUAAAUUUAAUCAAAUUAUAAAACCAAAUGUACUCCCACCAUCAAUAACUAAACUCGAUUUAGAUUCAUAUAACCACCCAUUACAACCACAAGUAAUACCACCAAAUGUGGGAACUUUAUUGCUAAGAUCAUAUAAUUGUAAUCUUGGUAAACAUUUAUUCCCAAAUACUUUACAACAUUUAGUCAUAUCAAACCAUUCAAAUGAAUUAUUGGAAAAUGAUUUACCAUCAUCAAUUACAACGCUUCAUUUCGAAUCGAAUAUUAGCUAUAUUUCAAAUCCAAUUCGAUUUCAAACUAAUUCAAUACCACCAUCAGUAAAAAAAUUAAUUUUCCCAGAUAACCAUUUCCAACCUCUUCAAGUCGGUCUUAUACCCAAUUCAGUAGUAGAUUUAGAGCUACCCAAUCAAUAUUCCCACCCCCUUCAAGUCGGUCUUAUACCCAAUUCAGUUGUAGAUUUAAAACUACCCGAUCACUAUUCCCACCCUCUUCAAGUAGGUGUAUUACCAGAAUCCCUCACUAAAUUAGACAUUAGUUAUGGAUUUUCUCAACCUCUGGACCCAGAUAAUAUUCCCCAAUCUGUUACUCAAAUAUCAUUACCUACAUCCUGUACACUCCCAAUACCAGAAUCAUUAAUACAUUUAAUAAAGAGAUACCUAUAA